AUGUCUGCAAUUUCAAAAUGGACGGUCUCUGAGCCGUAUCUCAAAGUCUCCGGGACUCUGCUGGAGGGCCCAUAUUACGACGCCAAGAAAAAUGAAUUCCGCUUCGUUGAUAUUUGGGAGCAGAAACUAUAUGUUCUGGACCUCGCCGAGGGCCCUAGUUCUUUGCGUACUCUGGAUACGUCCGCGUCGAUUGGGGUAACCGCUAAUAUUGCAAAUCCCGAUGAAGACCAAAAAGACCAAAUAGUCGUCGGUGCUAAACAUGGGUUUGCCCUUGUUAACCGCACCACUGGUGAACUCUCAUAUAUCGCUAAGCCUUGGGAUGACCAAGACAAGCUCCACAGAAUGCGUUUCAAUGACGGAGCUGUGGAUAGCAAAGGCCGACUCUGGGCCGGGGCUAUGAACGAUCCCAAACACGUGCAAAAGCUAGUCAAUGAAGGAGUUCUCUUCCGAUUGGACCCAGAUCUGAAGCUGAACCGCAUGGUUGAGCAACUGACUAUUCCAAAUGGUAUUGGAUGGAACCUUGCAAACGAUACAAUGUAUCUAACGGACUCGCCGACGGGCAAAAUUUUUGCCUUUGACUUCGAUGAGAGUACCGGAGAGAUUAGUAACAGACGGGUCCACUUUGAUAUCGGGAACUCCAAAGAACCAGAUGGUUUUGCAAUUGAUGAGGAAGGAUGUAUCUGGAGUGCUAUUUACGGUGGUGGUAAGGUAAUUCGGAUUUCACCCGAAGGGAAAGUCAUCGGUGAGAUCUCGCUGCCAACCCGGAAUAUCACAUGCCCGACGUUUGUGGGGACUGAGCUUUUCAUCACCACCGCGAAAGAUGAUGUCAAUGACGAGUUGCUCCCGGAGUCAAUCCAGUACGGUGGACACCUCUAUAGAGUUGACGUGGGAAUCCGUGGGCGGCCCAAGUACGAGUUUCAACUGCAGCAGUGA